GCCCAAUCGGCCAAUAACAGUGAGACUCCGGGAUCAUCGGUUGUCUCACCAGAAUCGUUUGCUUGCCUUAACACGCUGCGAAUUGCCUUGCGAAUAAGUGAGCACGCGCGCUGAUUGGUGCGCGAAGUUAAUCCAUUUCACUGUGAACAAUGAGGCCACAUGUGUGUCUUGAUACUACUAUGAGCUAUUUUCCGCGUCUUUUUUGAAAAAUAUUCAGCGGGCCCCUGAUUAGUGGACAAUACAAUUCGCAAAGAGCCGUCGGCAGCUGCGUGACCUGGCGAGCGGAUAAAACCGAACGCGAGUGCACCUCUCGUAACUUAGCUCUGACCAUUGAGAGAGCGGCACCCAACUUCCUCUCCGCACCCGGGAAAGGCUUAUAAGAGGGAGGCUAUAAAAACAGCGGGCCAGACUUGAGUGUGAGGGGGACUUGAUGCAAGAGUGAUUUGAAUACUUGAAGGAGGUGUAAGAGCUGCUAAAAGCGUGCAACAACUGUCAACAACACAUCGACUUUUGGGCUCGAAGCAUGGGAGAUGAAAUGCUAAGUGUUUUCUACCACGGUGAUCUUUAUGGUGGUAGUGGCGGUAAAUUGAGCAUGGGAGGAAUGGAGACUUUCAAGGACACCUUGGAUGAUCAGGACGAGUUUAGACUCUUUCGCGACUACUUUGGCUUAAUUCACCUCGUUCAAAACCGCGGUGUGGUUGAAGACGAAGACAGCGUGGUGGACCAGUUUUUUAAUUUCACGUAUAAGCGCACUCGCAUGGAUAGUAUCGGCUCCGAUCGUGAUUCUGUCACGAGCUCCGGCUCGAGCGCGGGGAGUGCCGAGUUCGAGUUUAAGAUGGAGCCACACUUUGGCUCCAAGGCUGUUGGGUCGUCGCUUCUUCCAGGGACAAGGUCCCUAACAAAACGAACUGACAUUGACACCGCGGCGCGCAAUCGCAAAAACCGCGAGAACAAGAAAAACCGCAACGCGAACGUGUGCGUGUUCUGUAGAAAUAACGGAGAGAGCAAGAAAGUUUACUCCAGCCAUGUGCUCAAAGAUGCGGAGGGAAAUACUACAUGUCCCAUUCUGCGGGCGUACACAUGCCCUCUGUGCAAGGCCUCGGGAAGUCAAUCACACACCAUCAAGUACUGUCCGAAAAACAAAAAUGGGAGCAAACUUCAAGCAAAAGUCUGAAAGCGUCUCAGGAACUCUGGAGAAUUGAGGGUACACAAAAUUAAGCCUUUAAAUAAUGUUUGAAUUACCUUUUAGCAGAAUUGGCUUUUUGUUUGCUAAUGUGUUAGGCGAGUUUUGGGUUUUGCAAGAUAUAUUAAUUGUAAACACGUAUUGAACGGACCUCCCCAGGGAAGGGAAAACGGGAAACAGUCAUUCGCAUACUCUUCAUACUAGUGACCAAGGUACAAGCCUCAACUAGUGAGGUAACCAACAACAAAUACAAGAGUCAUUUAAAAGGAAAAGUUAAUUCAAACUGUCGAUGUGUUAGAAAGGACUAGACGAUAAUGUGAUAAAUAUUCCUUUAACGGCUGCAAUAUGUUAUUGAAACUCCCGUUAUUAGUGGGAAUACAAUUGAUUUUUCACAACACUUUUAUCGCGUUAAGCUUUUCUAUGUGAUUCAUAGGUAUCACAAUCUCACUGCUAAACAGAAAAGUUGCACCUCAAUUUGCGGCGGGUUGCCACAAAAUAACCGUCAAAAUAUUCUCUAUUAAUUCUAUAUCAAAUAUUAUACGAAUCAAAUGAAUCCAACGUAUGGAAUAUCAAUAUAUUUCUCAAACAAAAAACCUUUACCCUAUUGGUAAAGUGAUUAUUAUUGUUGAUUGUAAAAUAUAUUUAGAUCAAUAAUGUGCGGUUAGAAAGAAUGCAGAGAGAUAUUCCAUUGAAAUUCUCUUAAAUCCAUUGACCUUUGGUAUUACCAGUCAAUGCAGUUGUACUCUAUAUACUCAAAUCAAAAAACGUGUUCUGUACGCGUUAGACUUAAUGUAAAUAGUUUAUUCUGAAAAUUUAACGCCUAUUGAUAUAGUCUCCAAGAGACCUACAAAAUGGUAGUUCUUAUGUCUUGUAGCAAAGUUCCUGCUUGUAAGGCAUGUGUCUGAGAAAAGAUCGAUUUUGAAUAUUUGACCAUGCUGGUGUUGUAUUAUGGCUAAGGGCUUUGUGCAUACAAAUCUAUUAAUUCGUUCUUCAUCAAUUGUUAUGGAAUAAAUCGAAACGCAAACUUC